AAAACAACGUCUUCCCGGUCAUAAUUAGCGCAGCUCCACUGUCCCUGGAAAGCGGUUGCAACCCCCGAAUGGAGUGCAAUCUCCGGGCUGGAAGCGAGCUGCAAACUGGAAGUAUCACACCGACAACGACGACGAAGGGAUACACAUUAAUGCGGAGAAGUGCUACUGCAGUAGCCUGGCUAAUCCUGCAGGUCCUGGGGCCAGGACAGUGUUCCAGCAGGCGCCAAAGGCAGCGCUCGCUCCGCGGCCGUGUCUGGUCGAUUUUCUGGUGAGCCAACAACCAAAAAAGAAAACCAGCAAAAGGAAGCCCGGAAGUAGCAGAAAAACCCUUUUGUUAGCAGGACCAGCUAGAAUUUAAAACUUUUGAGGCUCUUUUUCGACAGAGCUAAACAAUUUCGCGAACAAAUCAUAGGAAAAACCAUUGAAAACGGCAACAACAGCAACAAUAAGACAACAACAACAACAGUACCUAAAACCCACUAGAUCAAUUUAAGAUGGGCGAGUAUGAGCCGCCGACUUCCUGGCCCCACCGCAUGCCAAGCUUCCAGCGCCGACAGAUGGAUCUUAACCGUCUGGUGAUGAACUACCUAGUCACAGAGGGAUAUCAGGAGGCCGCUAAGCGCUUCAUGGCCGAGGCUAAUGUGGAGCCGGGCCCCCAUAUGGACACCAUAGGCGACCGAAUGCGUAUCCAGGAGGCAGUGCGUGUGGGUCAAGUGAAGUACGCCAUGGACCUGGCCAGUCGCAUCUAUCCCUGCAUCUUUGAGACGGAAAACUAUGUAUACUUUCACAUGCAGCAGUUGCGUCUGAUCGAGAUGAUCAGGGAUCAGAAGGUGACCAAGGCCCUGAGCUUUGCCCAGAGCCCCGCCUCCGGCUUUGCUCAGGUUGAUCCCGACCGUAGGCGAGAGUUGGAGCGAACCAUGGGUCUCCUAGCCUUUGAUCGACCGGAGCAUAGUCCCUUUGGCGAGCUUAUGUUGUACUCCUACCGCCAGAAAGUGGCAGGCGAGAUAAACUCUGCCAUGUUGCGGUGCCAUCAAGCGGCAAGCAGAGGAAAGGACCAUGGACCCAUGGAGCCGCGGAUGAUGUUCCUCAUCAAACUGAUUUUAUGGGCCCAGGCCAAGCUGGAGAAGGAGGGCUGCACUGACUUCCAGAAGCUAGAUCUUCAGCAUGCUGACUUUGAGGAGGAGUUCCGAAGGUGCUUCGAGGGUUGGUAAAUAAAUGACGAUAAAUUGAUAGUCCAACGAUCGAACGAAUGUCGUCUACUGCGAAUUUUAAGAUGUAAUUGUAUUUUUUUUUUAGCAAAUACAACU